AGCUCUGAUUCUCCAGCAUUGUGUCUGAGAGCGUGGAGAUGUGGUGCUCAUUUCACCAGCAGACUCUCAGAGUGUGUGUGUGUGUGUGUGUUUAAGUGUGUGUCUAUGGGACGGAUCGCAGCUCCUCUCCUCACACAGAUCUCCUCUAGAAGCUCAUCUACGCUGACAGUGCCGAUGGCCUCCUCCGCUCGGAUCGCGCUCGCGACGCUCUUCAUCUGGGUUCUUCUCCUGUCGAGUCCCGCCGAAUCCAAGCGGAACCGAGGCGCGAUUCCUCACCCGGACAAGAACAACCCGAACGAGUCUGACCAGCAGCAGCAGCAGCAGCAGCAGCAUCAGGCGGCCCCGGGACCGGGACCGGGCCCCAGAGGCAGGAGCCGCGGCUCGGAGGAGGUUCUGGAGUCCAGUCAGGAGGCUCUGCACGUCACCGAGCGCCGCUACCUGAAGCGGGACUGGUGCAAGACUCAGCCGCUCAAACAGACCAUCCACGAGGAGGGCUGCGUCAGCCGCACCAUCAUCAACCGCUUCUGCUACGGACAGUGCAACUCCUUCUACAUCCCGAGGCACGUGCGCAGAGAGGAGGGCGCGUUCCAGUCGUGCUCGUUCUGCAAGCCCAAGCGCUUCACCACCAUGACCUUCACCCUCAACUGUCCUGACCAGCAGCCGCCGACGCGGAAGAAGCGCGUGCAGCGCGUCAAACAGUGCCGCUGCAUCUCCAUCGAGCUGGACUAGAAGCGAGAGCGAGAGCGACGCGUCAGAAAGAGCACGCGAGUGUAGACACGCUUGAUCUGCUGGAACUAGUGCAGAGACGCAUCUGUCACCAUCACACACCAUCAGUCACAGACUCAGACGAGGAACACACCAGUGCACGUGCGAUGAUGCUUCUCCCUUUAUUCUUUCAUAUGCACCACGUCCAUAGACUCAUUUCCCUGCAUCGAGAGUUUUAGGAAGGUAAAUCCAGUUCAACGUGUUUAAAUUUUGACAGUAGUUGUGCACGUGGGUAGUUGAGAUGAAAAGUGUCAUUUUAAAGAUUUCUUAUGAUUAUUAAACAUGCGGUUUUAUGAGCUCACGAACCUAACUGAGAGAUGCAUGGAGUAUUUAAACUUUUAUAAACUAUGUUUAACUGCAGGAGCAUGGGAACACCAGUGUGAACUGGGAAAAGCAUCCAAAAAUGGACAACGUGUCAUACUUUAUCUAAAACGAUUGUUUCAAACAAUAUUUCAAUAUUUUUGAUGAUUAUUAAAUAUGCAGUUUUUUUUUUUAGAUCAUUAAUUGAGAUGCAUGCAGUAUUUGUGUAUUUAUAAACUAACUGCAGGAAAAAUGGCACCUAAAAAUGGGUUUGCAUUCAUUUUGUACCACCUUUGUUUUUCAAAAUGUUUAAAAAUCGUAGUGCACAUGCGUAAAAAGUGACAUUUUGUCAUUCUAAAACUAGACUUUUAACCAACAUGCAAAUAGUGUUUUAUGAUUAUUAAACUUUUUUUUUUUUUUUUAGCUCAUUUGAGAAAUGCAUGAAUUAUUUGUACUUUUAUAAGCAAAGUUUAACUGCAGGAUAGCUGAACACCAGUUA